AGACUCUUUCUCUGCCUAUUAUCUGAGUGACUCGGGGUUUUGGUGUCUGCCUCCGAGUGUGUGUGUGUGUGUGUGUGUGUUGGAGGGAGAAAAGAGAUAAAGAGAGAGAGAGUAAGGGAGGGAGAGGCAAGCAGCGUUUCUUCUCCCCCCUUUAGCCUCCCCGUCUCCCUGCUCCCUGUCACUCCAUCCUUCCUCCCCUCUCCUGGACCACCCUCCAGCCCUGCUUCGAGCCAGACCGAGACCCCCUACCACCCAGACCACCCCGGGACCCUUUGACUCUCCUCACUUCUCCGUCCCACCAACCAUAACCUCUGAGCAGGAAUCCUUCUCCUCUCCCCUCCUCCCCUGGAGUGCUGUCUGUCAACAACUCAACUGCACAAUAUCCGUUAAAUCCACUUCCACAAAAUUCAUUGGAUCUUAACAGGCUUCUGCUGGUCAGGCGCAGCAACGCGUAUCUACCACACGUCCAGUCUACCCAUUCUGCUGGAAGGCCGCCAGCCACAGGUCACAUGACCUGGAAGAAAAAACCUAGGAGACUUUUGGGAUCCCUCUUCGCAUGGGCUGGCUAUCAACCUGAAGGGAAGUCCAAAGGCUGAUGAACUGGUCUGCGUCUGUGUGAGACCACAUUACUCUGGUGUCCUAUAUGCCCUGGGAACACAACACCCAGCGCAAAUCUGGUGACUGGCUGGCUGGAAUACCACCCUACUCCUUCUCCUUCUGAGGACAUCCCAUUCCAGGACGGCGCUUUGGUCUCACUCCCCCCUCAAGCAUGGAGCCCACUAAAGUCCAGUCAGAGGGUGGCCUCAAUGUCACCCUUACCAUUCGCCUCCUCAUGCAUGGAAAAGAGGUUGGAAGUAUAAUUGGCAAGAAAGGGGAAACAGUAAAAAAGAUGCGAGAAGAGAGCGGAGCACGAAUCAAUAUUUCUGAGGGCAACUGUCCAGAGAGGAUUGUCACCAUCACUGGACCAACAGACACUAUCUUCAAGGCUUUUGCUAUGAUUGCCUACAAAUUUGAGGAGGACAUAAUCAAUUCCAUGAGCAACAGCCCAGCAACCAGCAAGCCCCCAGUCACCUUAAGGCUCGUAGUGCCAGCCAGCCAGUGUGGCUCCCUCAUAGGAAAAGGAGGCUCCAAAAUAAAAGAAAUGAGAGAGUCCACAGGGGCCCAGGUUCAGGUGGCAGGGGACAUGCUGCCCAACUCCACAGAACGUGCAGUGACAAUCUCUGGGACCCCAGAAGCCAUCAUCCAGUGUGUCAAACAAAUCUGUGUGGUCAUGCUGGAGUCUCCACCAAAAGGUGCCACCAUCCCUUAUCGCCCAAAGCCUGCCUCCAACCCGGUCAUUUUUUCUGGUGGCCAGGCCUACACAAUUCAGGGACAGUACGCCAUACCACACCCAGAUCAGUUGACCAAGCUCCACCAGUUGGCUAUGCAGCAAACCCCCUUUACCCCUCUCGGACAGACCACCCCUGCUUUCCCUGGUUUGGAUGCCAGUCCACCAGCCAGCACCCAUGAACUCACCAUUCCUAAUGAUCUAAUAGGCUGCAUUAUUGGACGUCAGGGAACCAAAAUAAAUGAGAUUCGACAGAUGUCUGGGGCGCAGAUCAAAAUUGCAAACGCCAUGGAGGGCUCGUCAGAGCGCCAGAUCACCAUCACAGGGACCCCUGCUAACAUCAGCCUGGCCCAGUAUCUCAUCAAUGCCAGGUUCAGGGACGUGGCUGCCAUGUGGAAUGACCCUUCAUCCAUGACUACAUCCUGAAAUCACCCCAAAUCUGGUUCUGUUUGCAGAACCUAACAUCAAAACCGCCGCUUCACAAUUAACCGCUAUGUGUUAUCCCAUGGAACUUCCCCUAGACUCCCUUGGUUUUGCAUACCACUCUAGCAUUAGCCUGUUGGAGACCUAUAGUAAAAGUCAGACUAACAACACUGGGAUUUGUUUUAAAUGGAUGUAGCCAAUGUAUCGUUAAAGGAAUAGUUUGACAUUUUGGCAACCUCACGUUGACAACAAGAUUCCAGGAAGUCACUGCUCGCGUCAAAGACAUAGUUUGGCACACAACCCCCCAUAAAACUGUAACUUGUCAUUUUUAUAUGAAUUAAAUAAAGAAGCUCUAAUAUGUUAAUUAGGAAGUUUUAAAGGUGCUAGUAGGCAGAUUUUGCUACCUUCAGACAGAGCCAGGCUAGCUGUUUCCCCCUGUUUCCAGUCUUUAUGCUAUGCUAAGCUAAGUUAACCAUCUCCUGGCAUUAACGUACAGACAUGAGAGUGGUAUUGAUCUUCUCAUCUUUUCCUCCAAUAAAGCGAGUUAGCGGAUUUGCCAAAAUGUCAAACUAUUCCUUUUAGUAUUUAUUUAGCAUGCCUCAUUCCAAGAAUAAUAUUGUGUUUAUUUUUGUCAUUACUAUAUUAGACAAAUUUGCCUAUUAAGUCCUAUUGUGUCAUUGUCUGGAAAGAGUAAAAUUAAAAAAAUGUAAAAUGAACAAAAAAGCAAAGAAAAAAGAACACAUGACUGCCACUUGAGCAAUGCCGUUGAAAGAAGAGUGAUGUGAUGCCUCUGUCAGGGAAUACAACAACUUCUACAUUUGACAUUUCACGACACCGCCAUUCUUUUCUGUCCACUGCAUGGCUUCAUGUGGGGGUUAGUAUUGCAUGGUUAUGUUACCAUAUUUUUCAGAAAAUAUUUUAUGUGAAAGGGAACAAUGAAAAUAUGGUAUCACAUCUGUGUAAGAAAAAAAAAACAAACAACAAAUUUGAGCACAAAGACAGCCAUUGCAGCAUAACUUUCACUUUCAAGCGAAAGUUCUUCUUUCACAGCUGUUUUAUUUUCUCUGACACCUCCCUCCCCCACCUCCCCUCCCCUGCUCCUCCUCCCCCGCUUUCCCUGAACUGUUCUAGGCUGACGUCUGAAGUCACUGGAAUGGGCACACUCUAAUUUCUACCCAUCUUCCCCCAGUGCAUCACAUGACCCUUGAGCAAAUGGCAUUGCACCUAGUUUAUUUAUUUCUCUGUAUUUGACUGUCCUGAUAUUUAAGUGACUUUAACUUUUAUAAUUUCUUGUAUUUACUGUAAACAUGUGUAUCUGCACUGUUAGAUUCCUCACACCUAUCUGGAAACCCUGUUGUUUCUGUUCCUGAAAGGUCGCUUUACUUUUUUGACACUCUAGUACCUUUCAUGGCAUCUCACGUUUUACCUCGUGUUUUAACGCGUCACUGUACUUUUAUGUUUUGCACUGCAGGCACCUGAAAGUAAAGUAAACUUAAAGAUUGAAGAACAAUUUAAACCAAGGUUGUCCCUCCUCCACCCUGCAUUCUAAUAUAUUGACACAUUUUUAUUCCAUAUUUAGAUUACUACAGUACCUGUCAAUGCAUUACUAAACACAAAGGUUCAAUAAGCAACUCUAAACCAGAUAUUUUAUUCCAGUCUAUUUUAAGCUGAUUUCAUGAUUGAUGAAAUCAAUGCUUUAUUGUGUGCCUGUAGACAUUUGUCUUAGUGUUGUAUGUACACUAUACAGUAGAUUGAUCAGCAUGACACACAAAACUUACUGCAUUUCCAAUUUAUUUGAAAAUCAAACAGGUAGAAAGGAAGACUGAGUGGCGAAAGGGAAUGGAACAAGCCGUGAACAGUCUUGUUUAUGAUCUGGAUGUGGCACUCUGACUCCAAUCUGAAAUGACCUCAUGGGUACAGGCCGAUAUAUAUCCACUGUAAUGUCUUCCCGAGUUUCAUGUGAGACGUGACAUAAAGGUUGGGUGGGGAAAUGAAAAUAAGCCACAGCGACGAAAUCCAAAUGCAUGCAACAAAUAAACCCCACUUUAAUCAUUUAUACUCCACAAACAUGUAAUCAUGUUAUUCGUGCUGCCAUCUCAUAGCAGCUAUGUAUAAGAGGCAUGGGCCAUAUAGAAAGGUCUGAGAACUGUCUAGCGUAUAUUUGCAGUCACAUGUAGCUCAUUUAAGCUUUUCAGUGUAUGUCAAAAGGGCUGAAAAGCUCCUGGGGAGCAAGACUCUGUUAGUCAAUCAUGUCUGUUUUUUAGCUCCUUCCUCACAGAUGCCUGUUACAGUUUGGUAGGCAACAAGCCAUUCCAGACACAAAUGUAAUGUGUUUCUGAUUAGCAUGUAUCAAACAUUGGAAACACAUUUUUUAAUAACCUAUGUAUCUACAAUGAACCAGUUGUUGGUUUCGCAGGUUAUGUCAGUCAAUCAAGCUACAUACAAGCCUUACAUAUACAUGUAUGUAUGACUCUGUGCAGUUGCUAUCUAACACAGUAUCUCCUCGGUUACGCCAGGUUGUAUAUCUGUUUCAGCUGUUAGCUUGUCUUACUUCCAAAUGCACAGACACCCAACCUGUGUACCUGUUCAACCUAAAGCUGAAUGAAUUUCAAAAUUGCUAACAUUUACAUAUAAACACCUUUAAUUAGUGCAGUAGAAUAUGAUGCAGAAUGAUGAAUAUAGUAAAGUAGAAAUGCUUAUUUAUCAAAACAAAUGAAAUUGUAUGUGGUCGGGCAGAUUGCUCUCAAGAUAAGUUCGGUUACAGAUGACCUAUUUAAAAUUGUAAUCAACAGUUUAUUACACUAGAUACAUACAAUGUUAUGUAAUCACAUUCUUUUCUAUUAUAUUAAAUAUGAAAUAUACACGUAAACCAAGACUUUCCUGAAAUUUCUGCAAACCUUUGAAAGAAUGGCCUACAUUUCAAAAUGUAGGCUGUAAGAUUUUAGGAAAAUCUAUCUGUCACUUCACAGUCAAACAUGCCACUCCAACACAUAAUAUGAUGUUUAUAUGAUGGCUGUGUUUUACUGAUUGCAGGUAGCUACUAAUUUUAAUCCACUUUACCUUAAUACAAUUACACAUUUUACUCCGAAACCUAGAUAUGCAUUACUCCAAUUCUAAUUAUAGAAAUGAUGUCUGGAGAAUAUUAUUUGCAUCAUUGCAGUUCAGGCUCAGGAACUUGGCUUUUGGUUAGAAGUGAUGAGUCAGUAAUGCAUUGUUGUUGUUGAAGCAAGGCUGUUUUACAUUAAUGCAUUUACGUUUCACUUUCACACAUGUGCAUUACGAAUGUAAAUCUGUACAUUAGCGCUCAUCUGGCUGCAUCCAGAUGUGUUUCUGAUGAACAAACAGGAAUAGCUGAUUGAGGGCUAACAGGGUUUUAAUGCAUAAUUUAAAAACUUUCCAUUCAUCUACAGAAUCCGAUCAUUAAAGUAAUUUAAUCUUCUGUAAAGUGCACAUUAAUGGGUGUGUCUGUAGGUUCAAGAUGUCUGCUGGUUGUGUGCAGGCAGGCGAACCGAGAUGCAGUCGUGAUACUUACAGUAUGGCCAAUCUGCAAACAUCUCAGUUGCCUUUUUGAUUGUCAUACAUCUAUUAUCCGUAAUCAUGGCAUGGCUCAUGUGCUCAUCAUUCUACAAAGUUGUGUACGUCAAACACCUCUUGUUUUGUUGCUUUUGCCACUUUACUGAUACAUUAACACUUUUUUUGUUAAUGUGCUAGAGCUGCAAAAAAUUAAAAGUUAGCACUGUAUGAUGCUGUUUGAGGAAAUGUGUCUGAUGUGUCAUGUUUAAGUUUGAUCAUUUGCUUCUUGAAGGUCUGUAUUGGAUUUAUUAUUUAUUGAGGUUGAUUCUGAAUGUUUUGUAAAAAGAAGAGAAUAAAGUUUAUGUUUUUCCCUUGA